GGUGAAAUCACUUGGGGAGAGAAUAGUCCUCUAUGUUCUGAACAGGAUAAUCUACAGGAAACAAGAAAUGAGUAAAUCUGAGUCACCAUUCCUCUGUCACAGCUCUAAAGAGUUUGCAAAGAUUUUGUGGGAGGAUGGACAAGCCAUUGGAUUUUUUUCUGCAAAAACAAAAGGUAGCAAGUGUGAGAGCUUUCUUACACAGCGCUAUGAACUGCCUAUACUAGACAAUAUAUUUGUCAGGAAGAGUUAUCGUGGGAGAGGUUAUGGAUUACAGCUGCUAGAGGAUUUUGUAGACUCUUUUACUGAUGAUGCACUUGGUUUACGGUACCCUUUACCACUGACAAUGUACAAAGUUUGCAAACAGUACCUAGAGAAAUAUCCCUCUGACCAUGAUCUGUUGUGGGAAGUUGAAGGAGUGGGUCAUUUGUUGCAGAGAAUAAACAUUGCCAGAAAGCUACAAACCCAAGCAGUGGCAAUUAAAGUGUCUGAGAAGAAACAGCACAUUGAAAUAGAAGAUGAAGAACCUUUGCCAAAUUCUUCAGGAGUCAUUAGUGAAAGACGGGAGCAGAAUUCAGAAAUAGAAGGCAUGAACAAUGUGUCAGACGUAAAUGUUAUGCUAGAAGAAAAUGAAGGAAACCUAGGACUUACACAUAUUUUGUCAGAUGUUCCAGAAGAUUUUGAUACUACACCUAUAUCAGCUCGUACACGACAUAGCAAUCUCAGGCGACCAAAGCUUAUAAGAACCACAGAACUACAUUGUUCAGCUCUAAACACUGAAGCUGAGAUCAUACCAGAAACCCAUUUGGAAACAGUAAUCAGAUCAGAAACUGAUAUUACUGAAGAGGCGACUAUAUCCGUGAAAGAUCAAAAGGAGGAUAAAACCCAGGAAGCUGCUGUCGACCAAAUAGCAGAAGAAUCAACAGAUGAGGAGAUGUCACAGAAUAAAGUGUUACACACAACAGAUGUGCACAACUCCAGCUGGAAAGAGGAAACUGUAGUGCAUGAAUUACAUAAAACAACAAUCAAUGGCAGUGUAACAGAAGAAACAUUGAUACAAGAGCACACAAGAUGCAACCCUUUCAAUAAUGUGCCACCUCCUCAGUCUGAUGAACUUGAUAUGGAGGCAGUUGCUGAACCAGUGGUAACCGAACCAGAGGCCAGUCCUUUACAAGAGGACUUGAAUUCAGCAGGUGACACACAUAUAAUCAUCUCCAAUCACAAACAAGAGAAGACUGAAGUAGUGGAUAGCAGAGAAACCAUUGAUGACCAGCCCCUACUUCCAAAUGAGAGUGAAUCUGAUUUGGCAUGCAGUGAGUCAGCUGGAGAAGAACUAUCUAGUAAUGACAUUACUUCAGCCAAAUGUUUGGAGGCAAGUAGUGCUUCCAGUUUCAUGGCAUCAAACACAUCUGCUUCAGAGGAAGACCUUAGCUUUCAGGAAGUAUCAGAAGCUGUGAGUGACCAGAACAAAGGGGAUUUGGAGGAAGAUGGAGUCCAUGAAGUUUCCUUGCAGAAGCUGGAAGAGCAGAUGCACUCUACACCCAAUGCAACAAAAAAGGUCAUUAAACGUAGUUCAAAGAAAGUUUAUUUGGAUGUACCAAUGAGAAGGGAAUCAUUAUGGAGGGAAGCUAAAGCAGGGAAAUCUCCCCCCUUAAAAAAGAGAAGGGUGCUUUAGAAGCAGAACAGCAAAUAUGGCAGCAAGGACUGCUAACCAUCAGUAGUCAUUAUUUUGUAUUGGUGUAGAAUUUGAGACAAAAUGUUAGAUAAGGAUUACUUUGGUAGUGAAGGGUUUCAUACUUCUCUUUUUUGGGGGUGGUGGCUGAUGUAUCGUAAGUGUGCGUGUGUGCGUGUAUGCGUGUGCGUGUGUUUGCGUGUGCGCGUGUGUGCAUGUGUGUGUGCACGUGUGUGCGUGUGUGUGUGUUUGUGUGUGCGUGUGUGUGUGUGUGUGUGGUUUAAGAUGCCUUUUCAAAAUGAUUUUAGUUAGAUUCUUAGAUUUACUGAAACCAUAAGGCCACUGUGAAUGCUGAAAACAAAAUCUACAUUUUGUAAUGUGCAGCAUUCAGCUACGUUAUUGGGUAAUUUGUAGAAACUUGGGGCUGUCUUCUACCUUAUCCUUUGUUCAUCUAAGUGAACAGAUAACUUUGUAUCUAUUCAUAUGGUUUGGAAGCUCAGUUUAUAACUGUAGACCACAAAUAUGAUUAAGAUUUAUAUAUGUUUUAAAUACUAAACCUAGGAUUAUUUACUUUGAAGAAUUGUGUUUGAGUUGCCUUAAGUAUAUUCUUGUAUAUAUCGAUGGCUUGGUAAAUUGCUAUAGUAAUCGUGCCAUUUAACAGAACUGAGAUGAUGAUAAUAAUGAUGAUUUUCACAAAAUUAAAAAAAAAAGUCUA